UGGAGGGUCUGGUCUCUGUCUUUCUCUCUCUGAGUCUUGUUUUGUUCUUCCGAGUGGGGUUUUUUUUUUUUUUGGUUUCCGUCGCCGCCGGCGCCGCUUUCUUUCCCUUCCCGGUUCAAAGAUGGCUGCUCUGCUUCAUGGAGAGUGUAUCAGGGCCACAGAAAGGGAAGCCAGGAGCCCUCUGGAGCUGAAUAUUUCCCCCUUCAGGCAGGGUUUUCUAAAGGAACACUUUGGUUUUGGACAUUAUUAGAAGUUACCCAUAUGGAAAUAACUUUCUCAGAGUUUAGAGACUCCACUAGUGAAACAUCAAAAUGAGUAGUCGCCGAAAGCGUGCUCCUCCAUUGAGGGUGAGUGAUGAGAAGAAGAAGCAGCUCUGCUGGAAUAUGCAUGAUGACAGGAAAAAUGAGAUGAUCGAUUUAGAUGCAGUGGAUGAAGACCAACCUGUUGCUGGUACAAGCACUUCUUCUGCAGCACUUAUUGUUAUAAAUGAUGAUAGUGUGGAUGAAGAUUUGAUUCACAAAGGAAGCAGACACAGAUCCCUCAGCUUUUCAACAGUUACAGAUGAUGCAGAAGAUUCUUGCCACGUCUUGACUUCUGCAGUCAUACAGUUAAAUAUUGUGAUACUUCCAUAUUGUCCUGAUCCUUCCUGGAAAACAUUAUUUGGGGAAUUCAUUCUUCAACUUCUUCCUGGGCAUUUUCUAAUGGAGAACAUCCAUAAAAGGGCUUUUACCUUAAUGAGAACAGAAUCUAGUGACCAGCUGCAUAUCUGUUUUCAUACUAAAGACACUGAGAAGUUGGAUGAAAGGAAAGAAUCAGUGCUGAGCAGUUAUGAAGAAGACAUCUUGGUUGAAUCAUCUCUGAGUAGUGAAAUCUUAGAAGACUUAAUGUGGCUACAAAAGAAGAGAGUAGUUCUGUUGUAUCAAAGACCUGGAGAUGCUAAAUGUUUAAAGGUUGGAAUAUAUCUUCUUGAAACUGGCUUAAGCAAACUAGAGUUCCUUAGUGACGGUGGUGGUCGAAUAAAAAAGGCCAGUCAGCUCCUUCAGAAAUUGAUGGAAAAAUUCUAUCACUUCAUAAUUCCAGAUAUUUUGGAAGAAGAUGAAGAGGAGUCUGACAGGGAUAUAGAGCGUCAGAAUAUUGAAGAGCUUUAUGACUAUGUGAGGCAUAUACACCAGAAAGAAAUACAGUUUUUGAAGGAGAAUGUACAGCAUUCUGCCUUGAUUCCUGUGCUACGGCCAUAUCAGAGUGAGGCUGUAAACUGGAUGCUGCGACGUGAGAACUUCAGAAAUUUACCUAUCAAUGAAAAUGCCCUCCAUUACUUAUGGAGAGAAUUUAUUACUUUAGAUGGACUAAAGCUCUACUAUAAUCCUUUUACAGGCUGCAUUAUCCGUGAGCGCCCUGUUGCUGGACCUCAGUGGCCUGGAGGAAUUUUAGCGGAUGAGAUGGGCCUUGGGAAAACAGUAGAAGUCUUGGCUCUUAUCCUGACACAUACUCGAAAGGAUGUCAGGCAGGAAGCUCUGAUGUUACCUGAGGGUUUUUUAGUAAACUUCUUUGUUCCACCACAACCUACUGAAGGAAGCAAGAAGAAAAACAUAAAGAAAAUUGAACUCAAAUUAAAGGAAAAAGUGCACUACCCUAGUUUGCGAGUGAUGCUUCUAACAGCUAUAAAAGAAAUGAAUGUAAAGAAAGGAGCAUCAAUUGUAGCAAUUUUUAAGUAUGUCCAUGCCAUAUACAAGUAUGACAUACAGAGAAACCGUCGAAUUCUUAAAAGAACACUAGAAAAACUAAUUGCAGAGAAGAUUGUGGAACAGGUCAAAGGACAUGGCCUUGCUGGCUCUUUCAAGCUGGGUAGAAACUAUAAGGAACAGAAAUGUUGUGACAAGUCCAAGAAACAAAAAAUUCGAACAUCAGAUAGGGUUCAGAUGAAAACUUUGUCAGAUCGUAAAAAUGAAACCAAAGAACUGGGAGAUAACGACUCAUGUUCUCUUAGUGUUCCUAAAUCACAUCUGGCAGUAGACAUUCCAAGAGAUGAGCAUGAUUACUGUACAACAAAAUCAAAAUUGGAUCCUAAAUGUUGGAAGAUUGAAGAAGAUCCUCAGCAUACAUCUGCUGACUUGGAAGGCAACAUGAUUGUUUCUGAAGAUGAAACACAUGCUGUUGACAUUCUUAAAAAUACAAAUGAGACAGAAAAGCAACAGGAUUCCUUAGAAGUCCAAUCUUCAGCCUCUCAAGAACAUGGGAGCAUUUUUGUACAACAUCCAGGUUCCAUUUUUCCGUUCAACACCUCCGAUUAUCGCUUUGAAUGCAUCUGUGGUGAACUUGGCUUGGUUGACUAUAAAGCACGUGUGCAGUGCCUGAAUUGCAAUCUGUGGCAGCAUGCUGAGUGUGUGAAUUACAAAGAAGAAAACCUUAAAAUCAAGCCCUUUUACUGUCCACAUUGCCUUGUAGCAAUGAAGCCAGUACCUACAGGAGCAACUCUGAUAAUCUCUCCAAGUUCUAUCUGCCACCAGUGGGUUGAUGAGAUUAACAGGCAUGUGAGAUCAUCUUCCCUUCGAGUGUUGGUUUAUCAAGGAGUGAAGAAACAUGGUUUCUUGCAGCCUCACAUUUUGGCAGAGCAGGCAGUAGUCAUCACCACAUACGAUGUCCUUCGUAGUGAGCUGAACUAUGUGGACAUUCCUCACAGCAAUAGUGAAGAUGGACGCCGUUUUAGAAACCAGAAGCGUUAUAUGGCCAUCCCAAGCCCUUUGGUGGCUGUGGAAUGGUGGAGAAUUUGCCUUGAUGAAGCACAAAUGGUAGAAUGUACCACUGCAAAGGCUGCAGAAAUGGCUCUCCGUUUGAGUGGGAUCAAUCGUUGGUGUGUAAGUGGAACACCAGUUCAGCGAGGUCUGGAAGAUUUGUAUGGAUUAGUACUUUUCCUUGGAGCUGAUCCUUACUGGGUCAAGUAUUGGUGGGAUCAGCUUCUUUAUCGACCAUACUGCAGGAAAAAUACAGAGCCUCUCUACAGCUUCAUAGCCAAGAUAAUGUGGAGGUCAGCAAAGAAGGACGUGAUAGACCAAAUUCAGAUCCCUGCUCAGACAGAAGAUAUACAUUGGCUUCAUUUUUCUCCUGUGGAGAGACACUUUUAUCAUCGUCAGCAUGAGGUGUGCUGUCAGGAUGCUCUGGCAAAACUCAGGAAGAUUUCUGAUUGGUCCCUCAAGCUUAGUAGCUUGGAUAGAAGAACAGUUGCUUCAAUUCUAUACCCUUUGUUGCGGCUGAGGCAGGCCUGCUGUCACCCACAAGCUGUUCGUGGUGAAUUCCUGCCUUUACAGAAAAGCACAAUGACAAUGGAGGAGCUUCUAACAUCGCUGCAGAAAAAAUGUCGGACAGAAUGUGAGGAAGUCCAUAGACAACUGGUGUGUGCCCUGAAUGGCUUAGCUGGUAUUCAUAUUAUUAAAGGUGAAUAUGCAUUGGCAGCAGAUAUGUAUAGAGAAGUGCUGCGUUCCUCUGAAGAGCAUAAAGAGAAGCUUAAAACAGAUUCAUUACAAAGGCUUCAUUCUACGCACAAUCUGAUGGAGCUUCUUGCAGCAAAGCAUCCUGGGAUAUCACCUACAUUGCGUGAUAGCAGGCUUCAGGAAGAGUGUGAGCAACUCCGUCAGCAUUAUAUGAGUAAAUCGAAUGCAGAAGUUGCUGAAGCUCACCAAGCCUUGCAACCAGUUGUUCAGACAAUCCAUGAACUCCAGAGAAAAAUACGCUCCAGUUCACCUUGGUGGCUGGAUGUGAUCCAGUCAGCAAUACAAUAUGCCAUUGAUGAGGAGCUUGUUCAACGGGUACAAAAUGAUCUAACCAGCAACUACAAACAGCAAACAAAUAAACUCUCCAUGGCAGACAAAUUCCGUGACUGCAGAGGCCUACAGUACCUGCUAACAACUCAAAUGGAAGAGGUGAAGAAAUUCCAGAAACUUGUGAGAGAGGCUGUGAAAAAGCUGGAAGGCCCUCCAUCCAAAGAAGUUAUCGAAGCUGCCACCAUCUGCCAUCUGCGACCUGUAAGAUUGCCACUUAACAACUGCGUCUUCUGUAAAGCUGAUGAACUGUUUACAGAGUAUGAGUCAAAACUGUUCUCUCAUACUGUGAAAGGUCAAAUGGCAAUCUUUGAAGAAAUGAUAGAAGAUGAAGAAGGCCUAGUUGAUGAUCGCCUGCCUACCACAAGCAGAGGUCUCUGGGCAGCAAGUGAAACUGAGCGUUCCUUAAAAACCUUACUGUCUUUUGCCAAAGCUCACCGAAUUGAUUCCAGGGUAGUUGAAGAGGGCAGCAUAUUCUUGGAACUCUUUGAAGCAUGGAAAAAGGAAUAUAAGUUGCUUCAUGAAUAUUGGAUGGUUCUGAGAGAUCAUGUGUCUGCCAUUGAUGAACUUGCCAUGGCUACAGAGCGGCUCAGAGUGCGUCACCCAGAAGAGCCAAAACCCAAUCACCCAGUUCUUCACAUAAUUGAACCACAUGAGGUAGAACAAAACCGAGUAAAACUUUUGAAUGAUAAAGCAGUUGCCAAAUCACAGCUUCAGAAGAAACUGGGCCAGCUGCUGUACCUCACCAAUUUAGAGAAGUCUCAGGAUAAAACAACUGGAGGAGUUAAUCCAGAGCCCUGUCCAAUUUGUGCACGCCAGCUGGGUCAACAGUGGGCAGUGUUGACAUGUGGACAUUGCUUUUGCAAUGAGUGCAUAGCUAUUAUUAUAGAACAGUACAGUGUUGGCACUCGCAGAAGCUCAAUAAAGUGUGCCAUCUGCAGGCAGACAACAUCACAUAAAGAAAUCUCCUAUGUCUUCACUGCAGAAACUCCAAACCAAGAGGAUGAUAUACCUGUGAAGGGAAGUCACUCCACCAAAGUGGAAGCUGUGGUAAGGACUCUAAAGAAAAUCCAGUUCAAAGAUCCAGGAGCCAAAUCCCUAGUUUUCUCAACGUGGCAAGAUGUGCUUGAUAUCAUCGCAAAAGCUCUAUAUGAUAACAACAUGGAGUUUGCUCAGAUCAAUGGAAUUAACAAAUUUCAGGAAAAUCUCUCUGCAUUUAAAUAUGACCCCAAGAUUAACAUAUUGCUGUUGCCCCUUCAUACCGGCUCGAAUGGAUUAAACAUAAUUGAGGCCACUCAGGUCCUUCUGGUGGAGCCCAUCUUGAAUCCAGCACAUGAGCUGCAAGCCAUUGGCAGAGUACAUCGUAUUGGACAAACAAAGCCCACAAUUGUCCAUAGAUUCUUAAUAAAAGCAACAAUAGAAGAAAGAAUGCAAACAAUGAUGAAAACUGUAGAUAGGAGCCAUUCCAGUUCUUCCAUGAAGCAGUCAGAAGCCUCUGUGUUAACAGUAGCUGAUUUGGCAGACCUUUUUUCAGAAGAAACGGAAGAACUUGAAUGAAGGAAUCCAUUUGGGGCUCUUGAUGACAAAAGGGGACCACAAUUUGCAUAUUUUCUAAGCAGCAAAACAAGAUGAAUUAACUGUUCCUGUAGAUGUCACCAAACACUCUUAUUUGUUUGUAUAGAUUGAUAAAUAUUUUUAACUGCUUCCAUUAGGUUCACUGGCUAUGGUUUACUUCAACACAUUAUUUCUGUUAAUAAAUAAAAACAGUUGCACUUUACACAAAAAUUAAAUAAACUAUGGCUUUGUACUUCCAAAGAAUAUGAGUAUCCCACCCAUUUUGAGUUGUUCAUAAAAAUGUUUUCUAUAUGUGACUAGUUGCACCAGAAUGAGGUGGGAGAACGCGCAUCCCAUUGAAAGCACUGGAAAGUGAAUAGGCAGUAUCCAUAUUCAUUGUUGAUUUAUACCUGGAAUUCCUAAUCCGAGAGAUGUAUGAGCACCACCUCUGCAGUGUUCAACUAUACUUUGAGGAAACAAAGGUUUUCUUGACAGUAGAGGGUAUGGAAAUCAUGAAGUAAUUAUUUUCACUCAAACUGUCCUUAGAAUUAAUUAUUUAAAAUAUUCUUGUGUAAACAAAUACUUUUUUUUUUCCUGAAAGGGCUUCUAGUGGUGCUGCCAUUUUAUCAAGCCAGUAAUGUUUUAUCAGUUAACACAUAAGUACUAAUUUUUAACAACCACUUUGGUAUUUUAAAUAAUUUUCUAGGUAUUUAUGCUGUGGUAUUAGGUUAUAGGAAUUGAAUUUUUUGUUUGUUUAUAUUUAAAUGUUUGCUGUUAAUAUCUGUUCUCUUGAUAAAUUAUGCCUUUUGUAUGAUCUUUUGUCUUAAAAAGAUAAGUAAAACUUUUGUUUGAGGGAUUUUUAAAGAUUCUUAAAACUACUGAUUUGUUGACAGUUUGAUUCUUCUGUCUUAUUAAACUGGCAAUGAUUCUUCUUGUAAAUUA